UCGCAAUCCUUAUUUAGAAAACUUGAGUGGUAAAUAAACACGUAUUAUUCUUCGAUGCCGUUUAACAUUUAAAAAGAUCGCCAUGCCGAAAGUAUCAAGCUCUAAAGCUGAUUUACUUAAGAAAUGGAUAAAGAAUGCUAAACAUUUAUCCACUGAUGGAACAGUUGUAUACUGUAACGCCAGUUCAAAGCAAACUGUUCCAUCUCACAGACGUAAAAGGGUUUCCUGGGUCUGCAUGUUCUUAUUGUUGUAUACCAGUUUUCUGGCACGUACUUGAUGCUAUUUUUUGCCCGCUUGACACUACUAUUGAAAAUCAGAGUGGGUUAAGUCACACUUGUUCCAUUCUGCCUCAUAACGGUUACAGUUUUCCAUUGACAUAUAAAAACAGACUGGUGCCAUCUGUGUGCAAAACGAAAAGAUACAUUUUUCAAAACUCUCCCAGACAAAGAUUCAUCCAUCCAGAACAGUAUACACAUAGAACUUUGAUAUCUGAAAAUUUGGACUUGGACCAUCCUGGCUUUCAACGGCUCAUAUGUGUCCUCAAACCAGAAAUUUCAGAUCGAUCAACACCUUGCUACAGCCAUUCACAAGGAAAUGAAGAAACGAUUUAACGGGAAAGUGCAACAAACGUUUGUUUCAACUGAAUUAUGUGGCAGCUUCCAGCAAAAUCAGAAUUCCAAAAAUGAAUUUUUUUUUUGAUUUAUGCAACUCCAUGGCACAAUCAAACAUACCAUGGAAUAAAUUAGAACAAACGGCGUUCCGUAAAUUUUUAGAAAAGUAUUGUAACCGCCAUAUCCCAAAUGAAUCCACAUUGCGCAAAACCUAUUUGAACAAAUGUUACCAGGUACUUUUAGAAAAUAUUAGGGAAAAGUUUUGCAACACAAAUAUUUAUAUUCAAGUUGACGAAACAACAAAUGCAUGUGGUCGUUAUGUUGCCAAUAUACUUGUUGGUACUUUAAACGAGUCUACCCCUCGAGUGUCUUAUUUAAUUAA